CGUGCUUUUCCCCCACUCCCACUUUUAGAUUCAUUUGGCGAUUAUCUGUUGUUAUCGUCAGGUGUUACCGGCGAGGUUAUGUUGGUUUGUGUAUAGAAAUGUGUGAAUUAUUAUAAACUAUUGUCCGUGUUAUUUGCAUCGAAGCUUUAACACAAACUCUACCAGUUAUUCCAACAGUGAUUUUUUACUUAUUACUUACUCUAACAGUCAUUAUUUAUUAGAAACCACAACUUCAUGACUUUGAAAUAAACAGUGUGUAUAAUUUUAAAUGAACCCAGAAUCUGUUAGGCGAGAGUUAAACACAGUAUUUGAUCACAUUCUUCAUGGCAUAAAGAUACGGCCACCAUGGAUGCUGCAGUUAACAAGGGAAAAGAUAAUUUCUUAGCGGCGUAUCAUCUGUUAAAAUUUUCACAAGCCAACAAAGAUGAUGCAGAGGUUGCAGAUAUCGAGCGCAGAUGUCUUGCCGUAAAGUAUUUAACUGCCAAACGGUUCGAAUCAGAAGACAUGGCAGCUUGCCUGCUUCGAAAAAGCUUAGAAGAUUAUCAGAGUUUAAUGGAAAACAAGAAUGGUAUAAAUAAUUAUUGGAAACAGAUUAAGGCUGAAAUACCAAAAGUCAAUAACAAUCCACUGACGUGGAAAUCUGGUUUGCACGAUGUAGAUACGGCGCUUAAUUUUGUGAAACCUUUACCGUGUCAAGACAACAAUACAAUGCCAUGUAGCGAAAGAGCUUUUAACGAUAGGCAUAUAGAGAAUAUUGUAACUGCGUGGAAAAAUAAAGAGACGUGUCAGCGAAAUAGGAAAAUCAGUGUUAAAGCAAAAUCGAAUUUAAAUCAAGGUUCGAGUACGGAUGAUAAAGGAAGACUCAGAGAUAACGUUCAAUACGAAGCGGAGCAAUCCUUUUCAUCGAGCAAUUCGACAGACGAAACCAGUAAUUCGCAAGUUAACCAUAUUAAAAAGCAGAUGCCCAAAUCUUACACUGUACAUCAGAAACAUCAAAACUUUACACAACAACGACUCGUUAAGUUUGAACCUAAAACGAAAUUUAAACAUGUAAAAGAAGACUCGUUCGAUAUGCCUAGGAAUAAUAAUGAACUACCAAGCAAAUAUAAAAACAAUGUAAAAUUAAAAUCACAAGUUCAGAACAUCGAACAAGAUUCCGAAGUGUCGAAAGCCAAGUCAAAUUAUUUCAAAACAGCUAGGGACGAAUUGAGCGUGCAACAGAUGAAAACUAACAAGCCAGCUCCGAAAAAAUCUUUAGGCGGUAAAGUAACGAUCAAUUCCCAGUUUGUUUGCCCGUUCAAACGAGAAAAGGAAAAAGCGACGAAUGCUCAAGACAACAUGUACAAUAACGAGACUGACACGAUGGAACUGGAAGACGAAAGACUGAAAAACAUAGAUCCUAAAAUGGUCGAGUUAAUAAGGAACGAAAUAAUGGACUCCAAGACGACCAUCUCUUGGGACGACAUAGCUGGGUUACAAUAUGCAAAGAAGAUCAUCAAAGAAGUGGUCGUGUACCCUAUGUUGAGACCUGACAUUUUUACCGGUUUACGUAGACCGCCUAAAGGGAUUUUAUUAUUCGGGCCACCGGGUACCGGGAAGACGCUAAUAGGGAAAUGCAUAGCUUCGCAGAGCAAAUCGACGUUCUUCUCAAUUUCCGCGAGUUCUUUAACUUCGAAAUGGAUAGGAGAAGGAGAGAAAAUGGUCAGAGCGUUGUUCGCUGUUGCCAGAGUUUAUCAACCAUCGGUAAUUUUCGUAGACGAAAUAGAUUCUUUGCUCACUCAGAGAUCUGAAACCGAACACGAGAGUUCCAGAAGAUUGAAAACGGAGUUCUUGGUGCAAUUGGAUGGAGCCGCAACUGCGGAUGAAGAUCGUAUUUUAAUCGUAGGAGCGACAAACAGGCCGCAUGAACUGGACGAAGCAGCACGCAGACGACUCGUUAAACGGCUCUAUGUUCCUUUACCAGAAUUACAAGCCCGUAAACAAAUCAUAAACAAUUUACUGCAAACAAUACCACACAAUCUUGUGGAAGAAGAUGUUGACCAUGUAGCCCAACAAUCGAAAGGAUAUUCAGGGGCAGAUAUGUGUAAUUUGUGCAAAGAAGCUAGCAUGGGACCGAUCAGAUGUAUUUCGUUUAGUCAAUUGGAAAAUAUUAGGAAAGAAGAUGUUAGACAGGUAACAGUCGAUGACUUUAAGGAAGCACUGAUACAUGUACGUUCUAGCGUGUCUGAAUCGAGUUUAACAGCUUACGUUGAGUGGGAUGCUAUAUAUGGAACCGGAAUAGCACAGAACUGUUAGUUUAAGGAGGACCACCUACACAAACACGAAGGCUUUUUUAUUGACUUGAGCUACAAGGCGAUACGGAAC